AUGUAUGAAGCAGCUGAGACAGCAUCUGAGGUGCUGUCACGAGAUCCCGAAAAUGAGAAAGCACUUUAUCGCAGAGCCCGAGCUCGAAUAGGCUGUUGGCAGCUGGAUGAGGCAGAAGAGGAUCUCAAAAAGCUGGCGAAGACGCCUAAGAACGAAUCUUUGGUACAGGCGGAAAUGGCAAUAUUGGCACAGAAACGAAUUGAGUUAGCUGACAGCAAAAAGAAGACUUACUUGAAGAUGUUCAAGUAA